GAACGCACAGCGCGGUGAGUCAAACUGACGCUGCCUCGGACACGUUGGAGCGCAGCUGCGGCGGCAACGGACGACAGAGGAGGAGACGUAUGACUACACUCUUCUCCUUCAUCUCGUUCCUUUUUUUUACCAGAUACUCUCGUGAAUUAACCUGCCCGACGGUCUCGCCCACAAAGCGGCACAGAAUCGUUAUAUUCGGCGAGUAACGGACCUGUAUGAGGCCGUACGCGACCGCAGCGGCACAAUAACUGCAUGUGCUGGCUGCUGCGCUCGGCGCUGCGACACAGAAGACCGGAGACCUCCAGCUGAAACCGUCUGUGUGUGUUUUUGUGCGCCAUCACGUUUUGGGGUUCAUUUAUUCAUUUAGCGAGCUUCCUAGCGGCCAGUGCUGGUCAAUACACGAUUGUAUGCUUUUUAUUGAACUUAGCUAGGUGGCUAACGAGCACGCGCCGCCGCCGCUGAUGAGCUCGCGUGCGUAGCGGAAUGAUGAGGAGAAAUCUUCAACAUACAGGCGGAGAGACACACACUACUGGCUCAGAUUAACGGUCAAGUCCCCAUUUAUUAAUUGGUUUGUGUGAUUAUUGGAGCCCCGCAGCCGUUGAGUAUGAGGUCAGACCCGGUGGGCCCAGCUACCAUUCAUAAAAUGAUCCUUAACGCUAUGGAUGGGCCCAUCUCUUAAUGUGGAAAACAAAGAAUUAGGCUGCCGAACAGUGUAAGCUGGUUAUAUAAGCUUAGUUAUCUAGCGUUUUAGGCGCGCGAGCAGCCUGUGUGUCGGAUUAGAGGCACAGGCAAGACUGAACUCCUCCCUGGACGCGCACUCACCCUCAAUUGGAUUAUUUUUUAUUCAUUUUUUUAACCACGGCUUCAGCGCGCUUGUUGUUCCCGUGACUCACCACAAUGAGCGGUUACACCGGCCCCGCAGAAGUGGAGCCCAUGCCGGGAUACUUGGACCUCAUCACCAGAGCCUCGUCGGUCAUGCUGGGCGCAUGGAGAGACUGUGGCCGCUGCGGUCUGGAGCUCUCCAAACGGACUCUGCUGGAUAACGCGUACAUUACUUGGACCGAAAUCGCCCUGUUCAUCUUUUGCGCCUUUCUGUGCACGCAGGUCAGGCGGGCACUGACAGAAAGUCUGUUUCAGCCUUUAGCACGGUGGUGCAGGCUGCUGCCCAAAGAUGCUGCCAAGAUGCCGGAGAGUGCAUGGAAGCUUGGCUUCUACACCAUGUCGUGGUCCUACAGCACCUAUCUGCUCUUCUUCAGCUCCUACUCCUUUUUCCAUGACCCACCCUCUGUCUUCUACAACUGGAAGAGUGGUAUGUCAGUGCCUGCAGAUAUCGCCAUUGCCUACCUGAUCCAGGGAAGCUUCUAUGGCCACUCCAUCUAUGCCACAAUCUACAUGGACGCAUGGAGAAAAGACUCUGCCGUCAUGGUGGUGCACCACAUCAUCACACUGGCACUCAUCAGCUUCUCCUACGCCUUCAGAUACCACAAUGUAGGGAUCCUGGUGUUGUUCCUCCAUGACAUCAAUGACAUCCAGCUGGAGUUCACUAAGCUCAACAUCUACCUAAAGAACCGAGGUGGAGGCUAUCACCUGCUUAACGACAUUCUAUCCAACUCAGGUUCUGUCAGCUUCAGCAUCACUUGGUUCUGGUUCCGUCUCUACUGGUUCCCUCUCAAAGUGCUGUAUGCCACAUGUGUGUCCAGCCUCCAGUCUGUGCCCAACAUCCCCUUCUAUUUCUUCUUCAAUGCCCUUCUCUUGGCCCUGCUGCUCAUGAACAUUUACUGGUUUUUGUUCAUCGUUAUUUUUGUAGUGAAGGUGCUAAAGGUUAAGGAGGUGAAUGACGUCAGGGAGUACGAGGACGAGGAGGAGAGCAAAGCAACAAAAGGCCUGCACAUGGAGCCUCAGUCAGCCAACAAUGAUGAUGAUGAUGAUGGUGAUGCUGGACAUCACAACUCCGCUCGGAGGAAGCACGUGCAAAACGGGGUCACCAAAGAGAAGCAUCUAUAAUGGGCUCUCUGUCGCCACACCUAGCACUAGGCUACAACUACAAGCAAGACAAGGCGCCCUCCUGGGACAGCUCAUGUUCCAGAGCAAAGCUCUGAAGGGAAGAGUGUCUAAAAAAACAGAAAAGGGGAAGGGGAAAAAAAAGUUAGGGCACGAUGACUUUUUAUUCUUUUUAUUUGUUUCAGAACAUUUAUCACUGUUGUUUUGUUCUCAGUGUUGCGGUUUUUUUUGUUUGGUUUAUUCAAAUUAGAGCACUAUGAAUGUUACUUCAGGUGACUUUUUUGUCUUAUUGUUCCUAACUAUACAUUCAUAUGAAAACAAACCAGCCGUAGUGAGAGUUAGGCUGUUAUUGUAUUAGGGAGUGUCAUUAUCAACGGUUAGCACACACAUAACAGCACUGAAACACCCAGACUAGGCAAAAGGUUUAGGGCUUGCAGCGAGGUUUUUAAACUGUGAGACCUACACUAACCUUACAUUACCCCCACAGAUGGUACAUACACUGAUUCUGUCAGGGUGAGACUGGUUUUCCUCCCCCACCCUCUCUAAACUCUGUCUGCAGUGAUGAUGAGCUUGCCUGUUGCUGUUGCACCACAUGUAUUGAUUUCCAUAUUAUUGCACAAGUCAGUGGUGGCGUCAGCACAGCAGCUCUGGCCCCUCUGCCUCCAUUAGUUUGAUGGGAAAAAACACAUUGUUGUGUGCAGGUGUGUGUGUGUGUGUGUGUGUGUGUGUGUGUGUGUGCGUGCGUGUGUGUGUGUGUGUGUGUGUGAGAGAGAGUAUGGAUGUAGCUGACUGUUAAACUCACAACAUUUCACCUCUCUGGUUUUUCUUUUGUGAUGAUAAUCGACAGACAUGAGGAACAUUCGCGUAUCAUUCCUGUACAGAAAAAAAGCUGUUCUUUUUCUUUCUUUUUAUUAUUAUUUUUGUUUCAUCUUUAUCCAGUGUGUGUUGCGAAGCAUCGGCCGCUGCACUGACAUGAAGGCAAACAAGCGUCGUGCUGGUUUAAUGACAGCAAAGAGUGAGAAUUGAUUGACUGAAUUACAUGUACGACCAACUUAGUGGUGGUGGCCGUUUCAAGUCUCACGGGUCAUUUGGAAACAGUAGCCCAGAACUUGUUUUUAACAUAAAAAUAAAUCAAUAAUAAUAAUAGUAAGUAUAAUAAUAAUGUAUGCACUCAUUAUGGUAUUCAGGAAUGCAUGUCAUUGGAAUGAUUUUGGAAAUGUGCUAUGAAAUUGUCUUACCAUCAGAUAAUUGAAGAAAAAAGAAAAAGCAUCCAUGUAAUCAAAUGUUUUUUUUUUAUAUUUAUAUAUAAAUGUCUAAGACUUCUCCUAAAUGUGAGCAUCAGUGACCGAGGAACACACAAACACACACAAACCAGUAGUCAUUCAUAAAUGCAACUUUUUGACAUCUUUUUCACAACUCAGCUGUGAACACUUUACAUCCAGUUAAACUUGUCAAUUAAAGAACAGGAACAAACAGAUAACAUUACAUUUGAUUUCACGGCGACCUUGACCUGUAUCAGAUCGAUACUGACACUGAACAUCAUAUCAGCCUGAAAAAGUCAGUCGCACAUGACGAGCAGUUUUUCUACUGCUUCACUGUGUGUGUGUGUGUGUGUGUGUGUUCUCACACUGCUGCGUCUGUAGACAUUAAAGGGAUAUUUCUAUUCUUCCUACCUCUCGAUCAAAGUUCCAGCUCUUGUUUGGAUGAACAGCAGGCUUGUUCUGCUGGAGCAGAAGCCGCAGGAGAAGAAGCGUUGUCGUCUUUUACUCCCAUUUGUUCGUCUUCCACAAUCCUCACCUCAGCUCUUUGAGGUGCUGAAAAUACUUUUCAUACGUUUAUUCAUCUCUCUAUUUUAUUUCUUUAGUUCAGGUAAUAGUUGUUGAUUUGUUUUUGGAAUUGCUGCUGUUUUUAUUUGUGUAUUUUCCUCCUCUGAGAGCACUGUUUGUAUUCCAGUUGUUGUUGUUUUUCUGCUGUGUAGGAAUCAGACAUUUCCUGGGACCAGGAAGAGCCACGUGUGCAUCUACAUGACAAAUGCUGAUUUAGUCUGAGAACAUCUGUUCCUUUGAAUCUGAACGCUGGUUCACGCUCAUUCUGCUGUAGUCGUCAUCAUCAUGACACACAUCUGUACUGUAGAGUCACUGCAUGGUGUUAUGGCAGGAGGUGACCUCACUGGUCACUGCUCAACUCAUACACACCAUUGUUUUUAAUGGUUGUAUGAUAACUGGUGACUAAAAUGAGAUUUUUCCCACUUAACAGACUUACAGCUCACAUGACCCCCAGGUCAUUAAGUGCUGUGCUGAUGUGAACAGUCUGAAGGUUGGAUUUGGAAUACUAUCAACAUCUGUGGAUUCUAUAUAUACAGUUUCUGGGCGAAUUCAUGUUUUAUUUUUAUUCCAUUUUAUUGGAUCACAGAACACUGAUUAUUUGUUGUGUUGUUACAUUAACCAUCAAUGAUUUCUGAAAAUCAUUACAAAAACAAAAUCUUAUUUUUGAAAAUGUUUCACCUGUAGACUGACACUGGCUUAUUUCCCUACACAGUCGUCUACAAGGUGACAGAUUUGUGCUAUUACAAUGAAAAUGUGGGUAACAGUUAUCAUUUCAAAAAAAAAAAGAAAAAAAUGGUAAUAGUAUGGCAAUCAUUUUGAAAUAGGAAUUAAAAAUACAAUAGAACCAUCUUAUUUUUCUAGUAGGAUGAAGUUCAACAUGGCAUACUGUAAUAGUGUCUCCUUAUUCCCAGACUGAAAAAACCUCAAGAUGGUAUAACUAUAUUAAUGUGUAUUACAAAAUGAUUACCAUGUUGUUGCUGUACUGUAAUGUAAAAUGUUGCCCAUAAACACAUUUACUUUAAAUCACAAAUAUUGUUCACCCCCUAACUACUGUCCACAACUGAUGAAAUGAUCCAAAAUUGUAAUUAUUUAGAGAACGUCAUGUUGUUUCAGUGGCAGAUGAGUUAUGAGUUAUGAAUAUUUGAUAUGACAUUGGCUCACACAUCAGGUCAUGUUUGUGGGUUGUUUUGUGUUAGGUUUUGCCUGUGAAGCUCUGAUUUGAAUCAGUGAUUGUACAGUGAUUUAGACGAGACAUCAGCGGCACAGAACACAUCAGGGAGUGGAGAUGAAAGUUCAGCAGCACUGACAGAAAGACCUCGUCGCUUUUGUCUGUACUAACUCAUUCAUGUCAUCACGACACAAAGUUUCUCCAUGAUCCUUUUGAUUUGUGCCAAAUCACCCCAACCAACGAUUAGCAGUGUUUGUGGAGGCUGGUGACAGAAAGUGGAAAGACGGAACCCAGUGGGCAUAGAAGUCUUGCAACUGCACUAUAAUUUAUUAGUAUUGUUUUUAAUGUUUAUUAGUAGUUUAAAAUAGAGAAGGGAAGGGGGAAUUUGGGAUUUUUUUAAAUGACUUUCUGGGGUAAUAAUUAAUCAAAUCUAUUUGAAUGAUACCACUUUUGUUGCACUGUGUAUACAACUGUAAACUUUACCAAAUGCCUCAUUUGUCCCCCGCCCCAACUGUUUUACAAUUUGACAGCUUAAUGAAGACUUGCUCUUUUGUAGUAGUUUCAAUACCAUUCAGACAAUGUUAUAGUUUAACCCCCCCCACCCGUCAAAUAAAACAUGUCAUGAAACGAAA